AUGAGAACUUUGAAGCAGCUUCUGGCUGACCCGGACCUUGCCCAGAAGUACGCUGAUGCUUUUGGAGAAGAGCCUGAACUGCUAGAUGCCAAGUUCAGCUUCAUCCAAGCACACUCUGAAGGUUUGUUCAAGAAUGCUGACGCCACUCUGCGAGAUUGCGAUCUCAACACCCAGGUGACGCCCCACAUUGCUCGCCUGUCAGAGCAAGUCCUGUCAGAUGGGAUAAUGCUUUUCUUCCAGCAGCAGAAGAUGAUACCAUUGGGUAUCAGUAUGGAUUGCGUGGGAGCUCUUGCAGGAAAGAUGGCCUGUGGACUUCGGAAAUGUGUCACCAAGUUCAAAAGAACUCUGAAGGAUGCGCCACAAACGUCAAAGCUGAAGAAUUUGACCAACCUGAAGCAGAGACUCCAGAAGCUUCCACCGCAGCUUGACCAUGCUGAAUGCGACUCGCAAGUCAGCGCAGACAGCGUUGAAAUGCUUUUGGAUGCUGCAGUACCUGGGAAUCCUGAAGGAGUUCUGGAGAAAGCUGCUGCAGCCAAGCCUAAGCUGGAUUGGGCAACUUUGACUGCAAAGUGCAAAGCUUUCAGAGAUGCCAAGGCAGCAGCAUCGCAGCAGGAUCGCCCGGUUGCUACACCGGCCAGGUCAAAGCACAUGUUGCCUGCACAUGUGUUGGAUUCUCUGAAGCAAACUGCUGAAGAAGCCAAGUGUCUUGUGCCCUUCUCAACUGUGAAGGAUGAUGCGCAAGACAUGGGUGGCAGUACUGAGGAAGCUCUUCCGAAGCCUGCUCCCAAAAGGAAGGCCAAGAAAACAACAGCGAAAGGCAAGAAAAAUUCAAAGAAGAAGGGGGGAGAUGAUGUGGGGCCGGAGGAGGAGGCAGCAUUAGCUGUGCCUUUGUCUGAUGGGCUGUCUGCCGCAGCCGUCCCUGGAGACCAGGAGGAAGAUACCACAUAUGUCCCUGGUGACUUCCAGAAAAAAAGGAUGGAAUUUAUCAGGGCCAAGCGGGCUGCGGACAGUAGCCUGUCCUUCAGGCAGGCAUCGGAUCUGUGGAUGGGAAGUUCUGAGCGUGCUGGAUAUUCUGGAGUGGAGCUCGAUCGGAGCAACCACAAUAGCAGAGCUUUCGAUUUCUUGACUGAUGCUGGCUUUGAACAGAAUAUCUUCACACUUGGGAUCUGGGGUGGGGCCUAUGCCACCAAUCGGUCCACCACAACUCCAAAAAGGCAUUGGUUGUGGAGCAAUGAUGAACAGCUCUUGUCAGAGUUGGGCCUUGCAGCUGGCCACCUCACAGCUGCAGACCUGUCUUCCAUGGAAGGUGACCCCCUUGUGAAACGCAGAAAGAAGGAAGAUGGCUCCACAAGCUGGAGCGGAAUCAAAGAGAGGCUUCACGAAAGCCAGUGUGGUCCUGAGUUUCUUGCAAGGCUAUGUGGCUUUCUCCUGGGCGCACCCCAGCUUCUUUUGGAUAAGGGCUUACCAUGA